AUGACCUCGUUGUUUCUCGGCUUUUCCUCUUCUUCCUCCCCCCCUCCUCCCAAAAUUCCUCCCUCCAAGUCCUCACGUCUUCCCUCAAACAUACCCCUAAGGACCCUUCGUCCUGAUAACCACCACCAAGACCCAGAUUCACAAGCGACGUCAUUGCUCGCGUCCCGCAACGACCACGAUCGUGACUCCGGCGACGACAGCGACGAUAGCCAGCAUCGUCACCCCAACGGCGCCAAAUCCCACCGUCGCCCGCCUUAUUCCGGCUCCGAGUCGUCGUGGACUGACACCGGUGAUAUAGGCGAGCAGCUCGCCGACGAGCACGACCCUGUUCGUCUACAACUCUCUUCCGACGUUGAAGACGAGCUACUAGCAAACGUUCAUCGCCGACACGCCAAGAACGGCAAUCAGAAGAAGAGGGUUCGCAUCCAGGACUCAUCGCACCACCGUCACGCUCGGUCGCGAUCUCUUAUCAACAAGGAGGCUAUCGAGGUCCCCAAUUUCAACCCUCCAGGUCCUUCCCGAGCUGAACGUCUACUCGGCUCCAUCAUGGCGGGACGUACAGGUUCAAUCCACGGCCUCACUGGCAAGGCCCUGAUCUACUUCACCAGUAUCUUUGUAUCACUGGGUGUCUUCCUUUUUGGAUAUGAUCAGGGUGUCAUGUCAGGAAUUAUCACCGGCCCAUACUUUAUGGAUUACUUUGGUCACCCAUCCAAGGCCUAUGUCGGAACUAUGGUAGCUAUUCUAGAGAUUGGUGCAUUCAUUACUUCCUUAAUGGUUGGUCGUAUUGGAGACAUUAUCGGACGACGCCGCACCAUUUUCUACGGAUCAUGCACCUUCUUCGUCGGAGGCGCUCUUCAGACUAUGGCUACUUCAAUGCCUAUGAUGAUGGCUGGGCGUUUCAUUGCAGGUUUUGGUGUCGGUAUGCUCUCGACCAUUGUGCCUGUUUAUCAGUCUGAGAUUUCUCCUCCUCACAACCGAGGAAAGCUGGCCUGCAUCGAGUUUACAGGAAACAUUGUUGGCUACACCACAUCUGUUUGGGUUGACUACGGCUGCGGUUACAUUGAGAGUAACUAUUCAUGGCGCAUUCCUUUGGGUUUGCAGUGUGUUAUGGGUGCUCUCCUCGGACUUGGCAGUCUUGUCAUUGUUGAAUCACCCCGAUGGCUUCUGGACAAUGACCAUGAUGAAGAAGGCAUGGUUGUCAUUGCCAACUUGUACGGUGGCGGCGACAUUCACGACCCCAAGGCUCGAGAUGAAUAUCGUGAGAUCAAGAUGAAUGUCCUUCUUGGGCGCCAGGAAGGCGAGCGAACUUACAAGGAUAUGUUCCGCCGAUACAAGACCCGAGUUUUCAUCGCCAUGUCUGCCCAAGCGCUCGCCCAACUCAACGGCAUUAACGUUAUUUCAUACUACGCCCCGUACGUCUUUGAGUCUGCCGGUUGGGUUGGCCACGAUGCUGUCCUCAUGACUGGUUUCAACGGUCUCACAUACCUCAUGUCGACAAUUCCACCAUGGUACCUGGUUGAUCGUUGGGGACGACGCAAGAUCCUUCUCUCUGGUGCCACAGCUAUGGCUAUCUCAUUGUCGCUCAUCUCCUACUUCCUGUUCCUCGAUAUUAAGUGGACUCCGCGACUGGUUGUUUUGUUCGUCAUGAUUUACAAUGCUGCCUUUGGUUUCUCAUGGGGACCUAUCCCCUGGCUGUACCCACCUGAGAUUCUCCCUCUCAGCAUUCGAUCCAAGGGUGCCAGUUUGUCAACAGCCACAAACUGGGCUGCCAACUGGUUGGUUGGUGAGAUGACGCCUAUUCUCCAGGAAACGAUCAAAUGGCGCAUGUAUCUGGUCCACGCUUUCUUCUGUGUGGUCAGUGUCGUAGUUGUCUAUUUUAUUUACCCAGAGACUUGUGGCGUACGCCUGGAAGAUAUGGACUCACUUUUCGGAGAUGCCAGCACCGUCGCUGGUACACCCUCGUUACACGGCACUGAAACUGGUUCGUUGAUGAGAGGUGGAUCGCCUGCGGGAUCAUCCCGAGGGCUUAUUGGACCCUCAUCCGCCAUACCUGGUCUUUCACUUGAUCCUCCUGCGAUCGACGAUGACAGCAAGUCUCAGAUGCAGUCUGGGCCUGACGACCGAGGCGUUGGUGGGUGGCUGUCAAGAGUGGUUGGCCGAAACAGAUCCGACAGCGGUAGCAGCGCACAGGGUCGUUAUGCUCCUCUUGGCCAGCAAGAAGAGGCCCGACGAAACGACUAUUGA